AUGUAUACUUUACUAACUAAAGCUAAAAAUUUUCUUGAGGCCACUAUUAACGCUGGUCAGAGAAAAGUUCUGGGUGCUCUCCGCAAGCUAUCCCAAGCGCUGGAAUCCCCUCAGGAUUCCGCGCAGAGAAUUAUGUACCUACAAAUCCAGAUUGCAUUAGUUCGAAUCGGUUGCGAUCUGAGGCUCUUUGACAUUCUUGCUGAAAGCCCAACACCUCUGUCUGUCGAUGUCUUGUCGCAAAAGACUGGCGCGGCACCGACGCUUCUGGAAUAUAGUCACGAUAAUGUUGGCCCUGCUAUCCAGGCUCUUCCUGAUUUUCUCAAAGAAAAUAAAUACCAGGAUAUUACUAGUGCUGUUGACACGCCUCUCCAGAAGGCAUGGAACACCGAUCUUCCUGCUUUUAUCUGGGUCCAAUCCAAGCCGGAAAACUUCACGCACUUCAACCAAUUUAUGGCUGGUGGCCGCCUAGGCAUGCCUACCUGGCUAGACGCUUACCCAUACAAGGAGAAGACCAAGGGGCUUAAAACAGAACAGCCAUUCUUUAUCGACGUUGGAGGCGGAAUUGGACAUCAGGCUGUUGCUCUUCGAGAGAAACUGCCCGAGUUACCAAAUAAGAUUAUCCUACAAGAUAUUCCUGCAACGCUAGAGCAUGCUAUUAAGCACCCAGGCAUUGAAAUUGUGGCACAAGACUUAUUCGAGCCGCAGACUAUUACCAACGCCCGGAUCUACUACAUGCGUAAUAUUAUUCACGACUACCCCGACGAUAAGGCUAUAGUUAUCCUUAAGAAUACUAUUACUGCUAUGGCCCCCGACUCGGUUAUUCUGAUUGACGAUAUGGUACUGCCUGAUUGUGGCGUCCCCUGGCAGGCUACCCAGAUCGACCUUGUGAUGAUGAGCACCCUAGCGUCCCAGGAGCGCACACACGAGCAAUGGUUUUCCCUUCUCAGCAAAGCCGGGUUGAAGAUAAAUAAGAUAUACACGUACACGGCUAGUCUGCAGGAUGGCAUUAUCGAGGCUGUGCCUGCUUUAAUGUGA